GUGCCUUCAAUAUUUCCAGACUGUUAUAGAAAGAGGAAAGCUGAUGAUACAAGAAGAUUUAGUAGACUUCAGCAACGUAAAAGAUUGGAAAAUUAUAAGGAUAUAGAAGCUGGAGAAAAUCUUCCAGAAAUUGAAGAUGUCAGACCGCCUGUUGUUGAUAAACAGUUUAAAGACAAAUGCAUCCAGGCAAGCAACGUUUACAAAUGUGAAACAUUUGUAUUUUCUGUGGAGAGAUUUGAAAACUCUGUAUCAACUCAGGUAAACAUCUACUUCAAUACAGGGGCCAGCAGAAUUUCAAAACCUAGCAGAGAUGCAGAAACAUUCACUGACGAGAGAGAACUCAUAAAUGGGUUCUAUGGAUUCAAAUCAAUCAAUGAUGAAAAGCAGUUAUCAAGUAUAUGUGGGGUAUCAUAUGCUAUAUUCCACACCAUUUUAAAUUUGCUAAGUGCAACCAAAACGAAGAUGAGUAAGGAGAAUAGGCUCUUAUUAUUUUUUAUGAAGCUGAAGUUAGGCUUGUCCUAUGCGGCUCUGGGUGUAUUGUUCCAGGUCCAUUCGACAACAGCAUCUUCUAUUUUCAAGCAAAUUACGAAGGAAAUUGCGCAGAGAACUAGAGGAUUGAUCUUCUGGCCAUCUCGAUUUUUUUUGUGAAUUCUACUAUGCCGCCAGCAUUCAAAAACCAUUACCCCUCGACAAGGGUUAUAAUUGAUUGCACAGAAAUAAAAUGCGAGCAACCAUAUAAAAUAAGCCACCGUAAUUGGUUGUACCCAAAUUAUAAGGGCUGCUAUACCGUGAAAUUCCUAGUAGGAAUUAGUCCUAAUGGAUUCAUCUCUUUUGUAUCAAAAUGUUAUGGAGGUAGAGCUACUGACACUUUCAUAACAAUUGACAGUGGAUUCCCAAAUUUACUGGAGCCGGGCGACAUUGUUUUAGCUGAUAAGGGAUUUCCAGGGAUAGAAACAGCUAUCAAAAACUCAAUUAUUGUGACACCAACAUUUGUACAUCAAGGAAUCCUCACUCAUGAAGAGGUGGAAAUAACAUACAACAUGGCAAGUGUAAGAAUUCACGUUGAACACUGCAUUCAACGAAUUAAAAUAUUUGGUAUUUUAAAGUACAUUCCAAUGAGUUUGAUGCCAUUGAUUGAUGAUAUUAUUCAUAUUUGUUGUGUUCUUACAAACAUGCAAUCACCAAUUAUGAAAAUAGAAGCAUAGAACUUAUACAAAAUUUGGCUGUAGUUUACUUUUAGAACCGGUUUCCAAGCUCGGGAAUCCCGAGUCGGGAUAUAGCUAAGUACUAGACUUUAAACAGCUGAAGUCAGAAAAUUAAGUUUCUGCAACGGGGCUUAGUUUUUUUGAUAAUCUCCAUUUUCUCAUUACUAUAAUUGAAAACGUUUUUCCUUGACGAAUGAAGCAUUCCUAAAUAAUUCAAAAUAGCUGAAACUUUACUCUAUUUUCUCUUUAUUUUUAUUUUGUGUUCAAUUUUCUA